GUGCUGUGCCUCUUACUAAUUUCGCUGCUCUGCUCCGAGUCAAACUCAGCCUGUAGUACAAGUAGCAACUGACAGCAGGGUGUAUUCGCUAUUGAUUUCCUUUAGCUGUUUUUAGAAUUCGCCUGACGCACAUCUAGGAUUGAAAGGUACUUAGGAGAGACUUGCUGCAUGUGCCUGCGAGCGUUUACGCGGCGUGCGGCUCCUCCAUCCAUUCUGCUCGCCUCACGCCUUGAAACUCUCUCAUCCGGAACUUACUCAGUCAAUUCCGAAGAUGCGCGGCAGGAGAACCAAACCCUUUAGCUUAGCUUUCUGCCAUGCAGGUACAUUUAUCCUUCUCUCGUCGCUGCUGGUUUUCAACCUCCACUCCUCCGCAGCAUCUGAAAGCGCCACUCUCGAAACGGGACGCGGGUCUAUACCGCGGACAUGGCUAGAGUACCUGCAUUCAGGGGAAAUGAGCCAUAUGCUGCGCUCGUGGAAUCUGCUGCCGCCGGUCAUGGAACAAAACAGCGACGUAGCGAGAUUUCGCGAAACUUCUGCUGAUCGACUAGCGAAACGUAGCAGCGACAGCAGCGGCGUUGGAACCAAUGGUGACGGAAACAUUGGUGCAAGUGCCAGCAGCCGCCUGAUUCGUUUGAAGAAAAGCAACAGGGUAUUUCGAGACGUCGACAGGCGAAGCGGGAACGUCGACAGGCUAAGGUUCACUGAAAGAGCCGGUUCAGGAAACGCCGCAAGGAAGAGCGUACUUACGGGGUCCCAGGCUGUAAGACGGAAUCUAGCAGAAAUUGUGCACUUGGUGCAAAGCGGACCUGAUAGUAACGGAGCGGCCCGUAUCCCCGUUGUAGAAAGGUCAGGAGUGAAGGAUGGCAGCGACGACAAGCAGCGGCCGAAGAAGAUCAAAUCGCCUUACCCGCCAGCUCAGCAGAUCGACUUAUCCCAGCCGAAGAUCGAAUCCUGGACUCCCCGGAAAAACCGGUACCUCCUGGCGCUUUGCGUGUACGGACGGCUGUCCAAUCAGGAGCAGUGCUUGCGGAACUACUUAAUAGUCGCUGCUAUUCUACAACGAACAUUAAUUAUUCCUACCGAGAGCUGCGGCGUGGCAUACGCGACGUUCUGCUGGCGGUGGGAUAAUAUCGUGGAUGUGACUAGAAUGAGGGCGUGCCUCGCGCCCGCUUAUGGCAAUAACGAGACGGUGAUUACGGUGGAUGAAUACGCGGCGCGGGAGGGGCGUGACGUGGCAAUCGAUCACAUCGCGUGCUGCUCGAGCCACUCGUGUUUCGACAACUGGGCCCUGAUGAAGGAGCACUAUCCGCACAUCACGCUCCCAGAGAAGCUGGAUUACCCCAGCAUUCCCAGCAAAGACGUGAAGGACUUUCUUAGCGCGUAUGCUCCUUAUAACGAAGCGCCUGUGAUCAGCCUUGGGGAUGCCUUCGCCUUGGGCCUGCGCGGCCUGCCGUUCUUCUUCGAGGGCGGCGUUCCUCCCUUUAAAAGCACGUGUGCGGACAUCUGGCAGCCUCCCCCCGUUAUAGAGAACUUCGUUAAGGGUUUCAUCGACACGUUUCUGGGGUCGGAGUAUGCCGCGGUGCAUCUAAGGCGGAGCGAUUUUGCCAAGACAUACCUGAAGGAGGGCCACGAGAGGGAGCGAGGCUCUUUCCUCCCUAUAGUCACAGUCGCGCAUUUCAUUAUAGAGCGAUUGAGAGAUAAGGGUGCUUCCGUGGUGUACCUCGCGACCGAUGCAAGCCCGUCCGAGAUUCAACUACUAGAGAAACUGUUUCUUGGCUCCAGCAGCACGAGCCCGCUAGUGGUUGUGCGCCUGCCUGAGUUUCCCAAGGGGUCGGAGGAGUAUUCUCAGUUUGCUUGGGUGAAGAAAUUCCAAGACUUGGACUCCCAGGAGGACGGCGUUCUCAGGGCGCUUGCGGAGAAGCACAUAUGCGCUAAUGCACGCUUCUUUAUUGGCACACCGCGAUCGACUUUCUCAUCGGAUAUUUUCCGGUUGCGAGUGCUGCACGGGAGGAUGAAUGAUGUGGAUGCGUACUUGGGUGAUGAGGGGUGAUAUGUCUUCCCCAGGUAGCGGAGAGGAAAUCAGCUUGGUGGAGGAUGCGGCAGUAGCUGCUUGCUAUUGCAAUAAGAGGCAACCCCAAUACUCCACCAACAGGCAAGGGGCAAGUUUAGACAUGAUCGCCAAAAAAGAAUGAUGAAUCGAAUGUACGUAGUAUUGAAAUAAAAAUUCAUUUUGCAUGUAUCAGAAUGAUAAGGGGCGAGAAUGGAUGUGACCCCCA